GUGAAUUCGUUGAAGGGUAAAUCUCAUUUUGGACAUCCAGAGUCAUUUUUCUUCCUUAAUUACCACAGGAAACAACUACAGUGGUAUGUUAAGGGGUGUUUUCUAAUAGGUAUGAGCAAAGCUACUGUUAUGUCAGUAAAGCGAAUGCAUUGGCCACAAUGGUGUAUGGAAAGUGUAUGAGGAAAGUUGGACUUGGCAGGCUUAUUGUGUUCCUGGUGGUUGCAAUAAUUUUUCUUCAAAUUGUGCAUUUUUAUUCACUGACAUACAUGCAUUCGAAAGAUUCAGAAUUAGGAACGCCACAUCCUCAUAAGAUGACCAAAAAAGAGUCUUCCUCUUCAGACAAGGUUAUACAGCGCCUCCAGGAUUCCAAUCUAAUGGACAGUAGUGGAUCAUACUACCUCAUAAGGAAUUUAAUUUCACCUGAAAGUAGAUCUGGUAAUUCGGAUCAGACUAAUCACUAUAGUGAUGUCACUCUGGUCACACAAUGUUCAGCCAAUCAUCUGGAUGAUCUUGUUGAUUUAACUGACCGCUGGGAUGGACCAGUCUCUAUUUCUAUUUUCACAUAUGACAAAGAUUUUCCUUUUGCUAUCAGAGCACUUCUGUAUUUCCAAAAGUGUUAUAAGAAAAUUAGAAGACAUGUUUUCUUUAAUAUGAUUUACCCUAUUGAUAAACCACCAAGGAUUCCUGAUAUUGAAAAAAUUUCAGUUAAAGCAAUAAACUGUGACAAGUCAUUUGGAGAAUUAAGAACAGCAAACCCUGAAAAUUAUGCAUUAUCUGGGAUUGAAUAUCCUCACAAUAUAUUGAGGAAUUUUGCUUUAAAAGGUGUAACAUCUCCGUAUGUGUUUGUUGUUGAUAUCGAUCUUAUUCCAUCAGGUAAUUUAUUACAGGAUUUCAAAACCUUUAUAGAAAGACGAAAACAGUCACCAGAUGGACUACCAAAGCAUGAUAAAGUUGCCUUUGUUGUUCCGUGCUUUGAAAUUAAAGAAUCAACUAAAAUUCCAGAGACCAAAGCAGUGUUAUUAGAUGAGAUUAAGUCAAAUAAUGUCCGCCCUUUUUAUGCAGAAGUCUGUCAGCGUUGCCAGAAGCAGACCUCAUACAGUGAAUGGAUGAAGUUAGUAAAUGUUGAUUUCCUGGAUGUAGGUUUCAGCUUAGACUGGAAGGAUCCAUGGGAACCUUUCUUUAUCACAGAUAAGCAUCUACCUUUGUAUGAUGAAAGAUUUAAACAGUAUGGAUUCAACAGAAUAAGUCAGGUUUGUGAAAUGCAUAUAGCUGGUUACAGGUUUGAUGUAUUGAACAAUGCAUUCCUUGUGCACAAAGGAUUCAAAUUUCCUGAAAGAUUUCACAAAGGGAAAGAAGAGGAACUUGCAAAAAAUAGAAUGCUAUUUAGAACUUUUAAGGAAGAGUUGAAAUCUAAGUACCAAGAUACGACUAGACGGUGCUAUUAAAUUUUGCAUCUGAUGAUAAUUCUUUUUUAAAUGUUUAAACAAUUCCUUAAAGGACUAAUCAUACGAUAGGGAACAGGUUCUGUGCUUUUUGAAUCUUUAGAAAUGAGAUAUGUAAUAGUUAUUUGUUUUUAUAUUAUCCACCUGGAAUAAAAUGGCAUUAAAUGGUCUUUCACAUUAGUGUCAGUUAUCAUGUGCAGUAAGCACGGUAUUGUCUGGUGUAUAAAUCUGUUUGUCCAGUCACCUGUGUUGCUAUUUUAUCUUUGUGGUAAAUGAUUUUCAAAUGCAAUAAGUUGCAAAUGUUAUAGAAGGAUGGUAGAUACUCCCCAACCACCACCGGUCUGGUUGUACUAUUUCUUAACCACAACAUUCUGGUUGUCCCACUACCAAACACCACAAUUCUGGCUGUCCCAUCACUCAAACAUCACCAUUCAGGUUGUCCCAAUACCCAACCAUCACAAUUCUUGUUGUCCCAAUACUCAACCAUCACAAUUCGUGUUGUCCCAAUAUCCAACCACCAUCAGUCAGGUUGUUACCCUAAUAAACCUCAACCACCACUAUUCUGAUUGUCUCACUACCAAACACCACAUUCUGGUCGUCCUAUCACUCAACCACCAUCAUUUUGGUUGUCUACCCCCAACCAAAACCAUUCUAGUUGUCCCAAUACCCAACUAUCACAAUUCUGGUUGUCUCACUACCCAACCAUCACCAGUGUGGUUAUCUCACUACCAAGCCAUCACCAAUUCAUGUUUUCCCACUUUCUAACCAUCAACAGUCUGGUUGUCCAAUUACCUAACUAUCUACAGUCACAUUGUUCCACUACCUAACCAUCAACACUCUGGUUGUCCAAUUACCUAACCAUCAACAGUCACAUUGUCCCACUACCUAACUAUCAACAGUCUGGUUGUCCCACUACCUAACCAUCAACAGUCUGGUUGUCCAAUUACCUAACCAUCAACAGUCUGGUUGUCCCACUACCUAACCAUCAACAGUCUGGUUGUCCCACUACCUAACCAUCAACAGUCUGGUUGUCCCACUACCUACCCAUCAACAGUCACAUCGUCCCAAUAUCUAACCAUCAACAGUCACAUUGUCCCACUACCUAACUAUCAACAUUCACAUUGUCCCACAUUAUCCCCACUACCUAACCAUCGACAGUCUGGUUGUCCCCACUACCUAACCAUCAACAGUCACAUUGUCCCACUACCUAACCAUCAACAUUCACUUUGUCCCCACUACCUAACCAUCAACAGUCUGGUUGUCCCCACUACCUAACCAUCAACAGUCACAUUGUCCCACUAUCUAACCAUCAACAGUCUGGUUGUCCCACUACCUAACCAUUAACAGUCACAUUGUUCCCACUACCUAACUCUUCUUGAGAACCGUACUCUCUCUUUGGUAAAAAGUGUUUUGUUACUUUUUCAUUACCUGAAUAAUGUAAGCUAAGAGUAGAGGUGGCUGGUAAAGUUUUGAACCAUGUCAAAGCUUCUAAAGAAUAUCUGAGCCAUGGGUAAAACUAAGCCAAUCUCUAAUCAGAUAUACGAAAAUUAAACCAGUGAUGAAUCUGAACAUUAUUAAGCUCUUCACAGAAAGUCUAACUCUCUCCAUCCUGGUCUGUAAAACUUUGUUUGAAAGUUGAAUAUUGCAGAUUAGCCAUGAUGCAUAUUUGUGAGGAAUAAAACUGACUAGUAUGAAAAGCAAGCUCUGUUGUACAGCGAUUUACCAAUAUUUACUUGACCAGUAUUACACAGCAGCCAUAAUCUAUAUCUUCAACUUGUAACAAAGAGUUUGAACUAAUAUCAAUUUUGUAUAUAUGUAUUUAUUUGUACUAUGACUGAAAAU